CAUACGAACCAAAAAGGAUUUAAAUUUUAAAAUACUCAUUUAAAGAAAAAAUAUAACUUAUCUGCUAUUUUCUUUAUAUAAAAUUGAUAAUUAUUUUGUUAUAUUAAUAUCGAAGAGUUAUUCACACACUGCCAGCAAAUGCAAUUAUGAGUAAAAAAGAUUCUAAAAACGGAAAGCAGCUUUCCUUAAGUUCAUUUUUAAAUUACAAUGAAUUAAAAAAGAAAAAAGCCGCCAUAACCGAACAAAAUACUUCCAAAGGUCUACAAAAUGUGUCUUCUGUUUCCAAGAAUCCUGUUCGAAAGAAAAUCAAUGCAUUAUGUCUGGAAUCUUCAGAUGAAGAAAUAUUUGAGAAUGAGUAUAAGAGUUCGUCACCUGUUAAGAAAACUAACAUAUUUAAUCGUCACACUGGGAAUACAUCAUCACCUAAACCCUCAUCAAUUAAUUCAGUAGCAGAAAAUGUAAUUGAUCUUGAUCUUGAUCUCGAUCUUGGCCUUGAAAGGCAAAAAUCAAUCGAAAACUUAUCUCCUAUGGAGAGUAAAUAUAAGACCAACCAUUCGUUUAUUAAUAAUCAUUCACUAUCUCCUGUGGAGAGUAAAUACAAUCUUAAUAACUCAACCAUAUUAUCACCUGAUAAAUUAAGUCUAGAUUCUAUUGAUGAAUUGAUUCGAAAUGAUUCAGUUUAUACUAAAGCCUUGUCCAGCAUCAACAGAAAUAUUGAAAAAAUAAACAAAAUUGAAAAAAUCAAAGCAACGCAGUCAACAAUAUCACCUGUUAAGUCAGCUCCAUCGAUUAAGCUUCCAAUAAGCGAAUUGUUGCCAAACAAUAAUAAUAAUAUCAAUAGUAUUAACAAUGAAAAGAUAGGUAGUCUUAAAGAAUCUCCACUGUUUUUAGAGGAUCCAGUUAAACAAAAUGAUUCAAUUAAUGUUGAUGACGAGAAUGUUCAAGUUGAUGUUCCAAAGAAGCAUUCGCCAGCUGUAUAUGAACCUAAGACAACGGAAACUGCCUCGGAUAAUGCGAAGAAUGAUCCUGAAGUGCAAGAAGAAAAAAAACCAAAACCAUUUGUUGUUUUUGAGAAUGGUCUCGAUGAGUAUUUAUGCAGUAUUCUACAAACAGAUGACUUUAAAUCUAAUAUUAUGAUGGAUAGUGAAAUGGCUCUCGCAUCGAGACUCUCAUUCUUCAAAUCAACUUAUCUGGACCUUGUUGAAAAAUACUGUAAUAUAAUUGAUCAAAUACCAACUGAUUUUUUCUCAGCUAUUAAUGGAUUUCAACCUAAUACUUUUCUAAAGCUUAAAAUUCUUCGCCAAAAGUUUAAAGCUAAAACAAAACUUAUUCAAAAUACACUCUCGAAACGUAAAGAAGAGAGAGAAAAACAAUUCCAACACCAAAGUUUUUCUGAUAAUGAUGAUGAGGAAAAUCAGAUUAGUCGUCAGCUUACAAAUGUCAAAACCAACCAAUUACAGUUAACAAAUAAACCUGUUUACCAAAAUUUCCCAGAUGCGGAUGAGGAAGAGGAAUUGCGACAAAUGGAAAUUGAUUCAAAUGCAAUUCAUUCAAAUUAUCCAGAAGAAAAUGAAGAAGAAGAAAUCAGGCAGCUAGAGGAAAGGUCUCGAAAGCAGAAAUGCCCAAUCUCAGAAAGACAAGACAAAGAUAUGAUAAGAAAACGGCAAGAACUCAUUGAUGAUUUAUGCGAAGAGGUACCAAGUUAUAUGAACGAAAGCCCCCAAGUCAUUUGUCUGGACGAUGAUGAUAGCGUUCGUGAUUCGAAAGCGAAUACUGACGAUACUGAUGAAUUUGAUAGUUUUCUGCACGAAAUUAAAAGCCAUGAAGAUAUGCUGCAUGGUAAGAAAUCCGAAUAUGAUUCUUUUAUUUAUAAAGAUUUUGAGGAUACAAGAGUGGAAAAUGACAAGGAAUCCAAAACCACUGGCCAGAGAAUUCUUUUCGAGGACAAACAAAGAGAACCAACACCCGAACAGGUCGAUGCCGACGGAUGGCAAGUGUAUGAUUUUGAAAAGUUCGAAAGCGCUUCACAAGUAGCAGCUGCACCAAAGAGUGCACCGAAAAGUGCACCGAAGACUGCACCUUUAAUUCAGGUUCGAAGUUUCCUUGAGCUUCAAAAUCCUUCGACUAGUUUAGCGAUGCAAAAUCGAAAUUUGUAUAGUCCAAGCUCAUCACAGGCUUCAUGUUCACCAAAAAAUACUCAUCUUCCAAACAAAUCAGCGCAGAAAGUUGAUGGAAAAUUCCAUUCGAACAUAAACAACGAUGGUAUUACAGGCGAGUUCGAUGGUCAUAACUAUCCGCAUUCGAGUACUCUAAUGGAGGCGUUACAAUUUAGCUUUGGUCUAAAGACUUUUCGGCCGAAUCAGUUACAGGUUAUUAACGCAGCACUCACAAACCACGAUUGUUUCGUACUAAUGCCCACGGGUGGGGGUAAAUCUCUAUGUUAUCAGCUUCCUAGUAUUUUAACUGAAGGUGUCACUAUUGUUGUGAGUCCCUUGAAGUCUCUAAUUUUGGAUCAAGUCAAUAAAUUAAAUUCCUUGGACAUCUAUGCAAAGAAUUUAUCAGGGGAACAAAGUUUGAGUGAGGUGCGUGGUGUUUUUGUUGAUUUAGAAUGUCAGCCACCAAAAAUUAAAAUCCUUUAUGUCACACCUGAAAAGAUAUCAAACUCAGUAAAGUUCCAGGAUAUUUUGGAUUUACUCUACAGCCGAAACUGCAUCAGCCGAUUUGUAAUUGAUGAGGCUCAUUGUGUUUCUCAAUGGGGACAUGAUUUUCGACCAGAUUUCAAAAAGUUGGGAAUACUUCGAAAACGGUUUCCAAAUGUCCCAACAAUGGCUCUAACAGCAACAGCAACCCCUCGCGUCCGUAUUGAUAUCUUACGACAAUUGGGUCUUACUCAAUGCAAAUGGUUUCUAUCGAGUUUCAACCGACCAAAUUUGCGUUAUUCAGUCUUACCAAAAAAAGGUGUAAAAACUUUUGAUGAAAUUAUAAAAUUCAUAAAAUCUCAGCCCGUCUCGUCAAGUGGUAUAAUUUAUUGUCUGUCGCGAAAAGAAUGUGACACUGUUUCCGAUAAAAUGAACUCGUGUGGUAUUAAAUCAGCCAGUUAUCAUGCAGGCCUUAACGAUAAUCUUCGAGAAUCCAGACAAAAAGAUUGGAUUACUAAUAAAUUUCGUGUUAUAUGUGCGACGAUUGCUUUUGGCAUGGGUAUUGACAAACCAGAUGUACGUUUUGUAUUGCAUUAUUCAAUGCCAAAGAGCAUUGAAGGCUAUUAUCAAGAGGCUGGUCGUGCUGGACGCGACGGUGAACUUGCUCAUUGCAUACUCUACUAUAACUAUGGCGAUAUGUUGCGCUAUAAAAAAAUGAUUGAUGCUGACGGUGGAUGCGAUUAUAAUGUUAAAAAAAUUCACAUAGAUAAUCUGAAUCGAAUUGUUGGGUUUUGCGAAAAUGUAAGCGAUUGUCGAAGGGCUCAGCAAUUGGACUAUUUUGGCGAACACUUCACGAGCGAACAGUGUUUACAGAAUCGUCAGACGGCAUGUGAUAAUUGCUUGAAAAAAAAAGAUUAUGUGACUGAAUCGGAAUUGAAAGAAUUGGAUGUAACUGAAGACUGCAAGGUAGCUCUUCGCGCUAUUAAAGACAUUUGUUCUGGCCGUUCCAGAUUUACUCUACUACACAUUGCUGACGUCCUCAAGGGAUCAUUGAUAAAGAAAAUUGUCGACAACAGACACAAUACACUGCCUUUUCAUGGACGUCUAAAAGAUUGGGACAAAAAUGACAUUCAACGACUCCUACGGAAAUUAGUUAUUGAAGAGUUUUUGCGCGAGGACAUGAUAUUCUCGAAUGACAUUCCUCAAGCCUACAUUAAUAUUGGACCCAAAGCUCAAAGUCUAAUGACUCAGAAAAUUGAAAUACGAUUUGCCAUUAUGAGAACCGAAAAGGCAGCAAAGAAUUCAACAACCGAAAAUGAUGAACCAACAACAUCAGGUCAAUCUCGUAAUGAUCGUAAAUCUCCGCCAGAACUGAAAUCGAUUUCAGAACGUUGUUAUACAGAACUUUUGGAUCUGUGUAGAACUAUAGCAGCAACGAAGAAUGCAACAAUGGCAAGUAUUAUGAAUAUUCAAGCUCUAAAAGCUAUGGCAGAGUCCUUGCCAGAGACAGAAGCUGAUAUGCGUGCUAUUCCUCAUGUCACGAAAGCAAAUUACGAUAAAUAUGGUGAGAAGAUGUUGGAAAUCACUCGAAAUCAUGCCGCGGAAAAACUCUGUCUUUUAAUGGAUCUGGAAGAGAACACUUUGAUAGAAGAUGCUAGUGAUGUUGAGAUGACCAUUCCUCCAUCGCCAAAAGCUUCUGUUAGCCGGAAAAAAACAACAAAACAAUCAUUUGGCGACAAUCAAAAUAAUAUGCAAGAUAUCGAUGACUUUUCUACCUCGUGGGAUUCAGUUGCACCUAGUAAAACAAAUGGGUACCGUGGAAAGCGGAAAGGGUCAUGGCGAGGGAGUGCGGCCAAGAAGUACAAAAGAGCGGCAAACACGUCAGUUAAUGGAGGAGUUUCAAGUUCAUAUAUAGUAAAGAGUCCGAAGAAGAGGGGUGGCAGGAGAGGAGCUGCAAGGGGUGGGUCGGCAGCUGGAAGCAAGAAAACUGGAAAUAGUGGUUGGAUUUGCAAGAAAAACAGCAGUUCUCAAGGUGGUUUUGAUCUAAUGCCGAUUCCAAAGCAGAAGUAGAAAAAGUGUACCUUUUAUGUUCAAUGUUAAGUAAUGUUAAGUUAAUGCAUUUAAGAAAAUUAAAUAUUAUAUUUGUGAGAAAGUUCCACACAAACAGAUUUCCUAAUGUCCUACAGAAUGUGCUUUUUCAAAAUAAAGUUUCUAUUUUUAUAA